CAGCUUUUACGCAUCGCACAUCCUGGAGCGUCGAUUGAGAUUACAGUGAAAGAAAGAGUCCACAGUGUUACUGCGCCCUACGUGCGGACCGUAUAUAUCUAUGAUGAGGUACGGAUCUGUGAUCGUUGCUGCUGGGUGCACAGCUGUGCUCAGUUUCUGCCUCCUCGCUGUGGCAAUUGGGACUGAUUACUGGUACAUCAUCGACGUGAAUAAACCCAACCACACAGGCUCAGACGACCUGAGUUCUCAUUCUGGACUGUGGAGGAUUUAUGAAGGAGCGAACAGUAGUUCGGUCAUCCUUUCUUUCACUGCAAACAUGUCCAGCCUGUCAGAGGUGGAAAGGCACCUUCUUGGCUUACACAAGGUGGUGGUCAUCCUGCUGCCCCUCAGCCUGGUCCUGCUGGUGUUUGGCUGGAUCUUUGGUCUUGUCAGUUCGUUGGCCCGCAGCCCAAAAUUGUUGACUGGAUCAGCAACACACUUUCUCCUCUGCAGUUUUUUCACCCUGUGCGGCGUCAGCAUCUACAUAAAAUACUCAAACCAGGCCAUGGACGAGUUCCAGAAGAUCGUGUCCCCGGGGAACCUCCCCUAUGUGGAUGUGUCCUUCGGCUGGUCCUUGGCCAUGGCCUGGCUCUCCUACAGCCUGGAGGUGGCCACCGGCCUGCUGCUCAUGCUCGCCGCUGCAAUAACUCAUAUGAAGGGACGUUAUGACUCUGGAGUCGCUAUUGCCAUGUUAUAGAAUGAGAGAGUGAAGAAAAACAAAAGCCCAAAGGUUAGGUGGUAUUUUGUUGUUGUUGAAAUCCAUUUAUUUUCUGUAGUGAAAAAGAGCAGUUCAGAAGUUAUUCAACAAUGGCCAAGAUAAAAAUGUAGAUGCAAGUUGGCUUUGCAUAGCUGUAACCAUAGAGACAUAAACGCUGUAUAUGUGCUCGAUGUGACGCUCUCUCUGUGUAAUUUUCUUUCAAUUGUCCCAGUCCACAAUGAUGUGAUUAAGAAAAAAAGAGGCUACUCAUUCACAGAGUAAUCACUGCAGAUUUUAAUAACAGACUUAUUUUGAGUAUUUUCAGAGUCAUAUUCCAGUCCAUAUAUGUGUAGAGCUAAAAAACAUUAUUUUGCAUUUGCAGUGCUGUCUGAGUUUGGGGCAAACAUUUCAUUAAGUAUAAUGUCUUUUCUGUGAAAUGUUUUUUUAAUUUACUGAACACAGCUUCGUCCACAGCCCAACUACAAAAUCACUGCACAUCAAUAUGAACACGUAUGGGAUUAUUUCCUUUUGGUGUGUGUUACAAAGGCUUUUCUACUUAAAGAGCACAUCUGUAGUGCUACUACAUCUAUAUAUACUUACCUGGCAGGGGAGAUACCAUGAUCAAGAAGGUGGUUCACCCAGGGCGAGGCCCAGCCAUUGCACUUCGGUUGUGCUGACCCCUGCGAAUUCCCCAAAUGUGGGAAUCUCGACUGCAUAAUUUCUGGUAGUGGGAGACUGCGUCCGCGCUCUCCCCUGA